ACGAUGAACUUAACCAACCUUUUGAUACAAAUCUUAGAAUGUAGGAGAUAUUUCACAACAGAUCUUGCCAACAGAGGACUGAUAAGCUUUUAACUGUUGCCAACCACUUUGGACUUUCCUUCGGGCUUCUCCUCAGUUUUAAAACGUGUUUGCUAGGGAGAGAUUUCCACUCUUAUAAAUAAGAGUUUGUUUCCCUCUUCAACUCACGUGGGAUCUCACAAUCUACCUCCUUCGGGGCCCAGUGUCUUUGCUAGCACUAGUUCCUCCUUCGAGGCUCAACGUUCUUGUUGGUAUUCGUUCCUCUCUUCAAACGUGGGGUCUCACAUGAAAAUUCAUACUCCAUAAGAAUUUAGGCUCGAUGGGAAAGCAUAUUAUUGGGAAUGAAUCAUUGAGUACCAAUGUGUCCCUUUAUUUAUGAAAAGGGUCAAAUAUCGAAGUUGUGACAAAGAGCUUCUUUCAGUCACUACUAUUAUUGAUCUAAAUGGAUCUCUUUAGCAUCAUUCAUUCUUUUCUUCAAUUCCUUCACCAAAUCUCUAUUAUUAGUAGAAUACAAAUAUGAUUUCACUGCACAGAAGCAUCUAAGCACAUAAUCUUUGAGUUUUACUCGUAGAUCUGAGUCAAUAUGAGAGCCCACCCUGACUCUUUUAGCUUCUAGUGGGAAAUGGGAGAAGCCAAAAUAUCAAGUCUUGUUGUCUCCGAAUGUAAAUUUCUCUCAACUUGCCUCGCUGGUGUACAGUCUCCUAACAACGUGGCCAAUUCUCUUUGGAAGAAAUCCCACCAAAUAAACAUGUAUAAUUUGAACAUUCUUUGAUUUUUUGCACUAAUAUUCCUAUAUAUCUGCCUUCAAUCUUCUUGCUUAGACUUGUGUUUUCCACUCCCAAGUCUUCCCUUUUCAUUGUCUCUGCAUAUUCUUCUUCUUCUCCUUCUCCUGACUUUGGUUUCUGAAGUGAAAGGGGAUUCUUGGUGGCUGAUCCUUCAAUCUUCUCCGUUUCUUGUUCAUUUUGGUGUCUUUUGUGAAGCUAAUUUCGAUGAUGUUCUUGCGUUUGAUCCUUCUUCUUCCUUGUUUUGCUGAUUUUACUGAUUGAUUGAGCUUCUUCAUGCUUUGUGACUCUGUUCUGUAUCUGCCCACUUGUGAAUUCUGAUCUUAACCAAAAAGCUUCUCAGACUUGUUAGAGUGAGUGUUUUUUCAGAUCUAACAUGUCGGCGGCGGACAUGGCUUCUUUGUCGGGGGACAGAGCUAACUGCCGCCGGAAACCGGCUGCUUCCGGGGACUCUGCAAAGCUGGAGCAAAAGCUUGUAAGGAUCAUCGUCACAGACGCCGACGCCACCGAUUCGUCCAGUGAAGAUGAAUUGAUUUUGGGAUCAAGAACGGGAGUUAGAAGACAAGUAAGAGAGAUCACAAUUAAUCGUUACUCUGUUCUUGAUGGUUCUUCAGCAGAGUCCCCUGUUUCGGAGAUCAGCAAGAAGCGGAAUCGUAGAUCACGUAGGUCCAAAUCAUCUUGCCGGAAGAAGUUCAGAGGAGUCAGACAGAGGGCUUGGGGCCGUUGGGCGGCGGAAAUCCGGGAUCCGAUUCGCCGAAAGCGGAUAUGGCUUGGAACCUUUGAUACGGCGGAAGAGGCGGCGGCGGUUUACGACCGAGCUGCUUUGGAACUCCAGGGCCCAAACGCCAUAACGAACUUCUCCAGUGAUGGGGCAGUUACAACGGCGGCCGACGGGGGUAACAAGCAGGAGGACGGCUUAGACUCGCCCAAAACGACGGCGGUUUGGUCGCCGGCGUCAGUACUCUAUUACGACGGCGUGUUUACUCCGAUAGAUGAGAUGCUUUAUUGUGGAGAGAUCGAUGAAUUCGAAUUUGCCAUGGCGACGGCUAGCUUGCCGGCGGCGCGGAGGCAGUACGGCGGCGAAGAAGAUUUCGGGGAGUUGGAGCUGGACUUGGACUAUUUCUUGGUUGACGUCAUUUACUAAGUGGGGAAGGUUCCGAACAGCAUGGAAUGUCCAUUAAUAUUCAACGAGGUUGCGAAUUAAAUAAUAAAAUGAUGAUAAAUCUAUUAUAUUAAAAAUUAGGUGAAAUUUGUGAUGUGGCUGAAAUUAAUUAUAAAUAACAAGUUUAGGGAGUGUGAUAAGGAAAA